AUGGCUAUGAUUCUUUCCCAUAAAAAAUGGCUUCUCACGAGUGUUCUUGUUCUUUGCAUUGUUCUACAUUUGAGUGCAAUUGUUCUUGGUGAUCAAAAGCUUCACAAAGAUAGGUUUGGAGACGAUGAUGAUUGUAGGUUUGGAAGAUGUAGGGGUGAUGGGUUUGGUCCUGGAGGGAGGUUUGGUGGUCGACGUGGUGGUUUUGGAAGAGAAAGAGGAGGUGGGUUUGGUGGUGGUGCAGGCGGGGGCUUUGGAGGUGGUGGUGGUCCUAGAGGAGGUCUUGGGGGUGGCGGGGGAUUUGGUGGUGGAGGAGGAGGCGGCAUUGGAGGUGGGGCAGGAGGAGGAGGAGGUGGUGGUGGAGGUGGAGGAGUAGGUGGAGGUUCCGGUCAUGGAGGAGGCUUUGGUGCAGGAGGUGGCGUAGGAAGUGGUGGUGGUUUGGGUGCAGGUGGCGGUGGAGGUCGCGGCGGAGGAGUUGGUGUGGGAAUUGGCAUUGGCAUUGGAGUUGGCGUUGGAGGUGGAGCUGGUGCUGGCCAAGGAGUGGGAGUUGGUUCUGGCAGCGGUGGAGGAGGCAGUGAAAGUAAACACUAA